AGGGCGCUCGCGCGGGCCCUCCUAGGGAAGGGACCGUUGAACCGCAGAGGCUGCAGGGUCACGCGCUGGCCCCACCCCACCCCUUCGCCCGAGGCCCGGAGACGACUCCGAGGCGGCUCCGAGGUGUGGAGAAGGGCCGAAGCCGUGCGGGGCCAUGGAGGCGGCGGGGACCGCCCUCCUGCUGCUCGGCCUGGGCGGCCUCCUCGCCGCCCCCGACGACUGGGGCUUCUCCUCCUCCGAGGUGGUCAUCCCCCGGAGGCUGACCCCCCGCGGCGGGGAGGCCGAGGAGCCCGGCCGGCUGUCCUACCUGCUGCCCCUCGAGGGCCGGAGGCACGUGCUGCACCUGCGGCCCAAGAAGCUGCUGCUGCCCCGCCGCCUGCCCGUCUUCACCUUCACGGCCCGGGGGGAGCUGCUGGAGGAGCAGCCCUACGUGCCCCACGGCUGCUACUACCGCGGGGCCGUGGAGGGCGCCCCGGGCUCCCUGGCCACCUUCAGCACCUGCUUCCGGGGGCUGUGGGGGAUGCUGCGGCUGCACGGUCGCCUCUACCAGGUGGAGCCCCUGCCGGCCUCCGCCACCUUCGAGCACCGGGUGUCCCGGCUGGACGAGAAGGCCCCGGGUAACCUGACCUGCGGCCUCACCUUCCGGGAGAUAGUCCGCCAGGAGCCCCAAGUCUGGCUUCCGCCUUCUUACGGAAAGCACUGGAACACCUCCUACGUACACCCCAAGUAUGCCGAGCUGGCGGUGGCGGUGGACAAUGCCAUGUACCAAUUCAGGCAAAGCAAUUUAUCCAGAGUCAUCGAGGACAUACUUACCCUGUACAAUUUUGCAGACUCACACUUUCAGGAGCUGAAAGCUCACCUCUUUCUGAAAGCCCUGGAGGUCUGGACAGACCGUGACAAAGUGAAUACUCGUGUUUCAACGAUACUUUCGGUACUUAGGGAGUUUUCAUCUUACCUGGAGAGGGACAUGUAUCCCCGUAUCCGCCCAGACCUUGCACAUUUGUUUGUGUUUAAGCGAUAUAGCGAUGGCAGGGCAUGGUCCUAUCAUGACAGUGCCUGUAAUCCAAGUAAGAUGGGAUCCAUAUCCAGUCUAAUAGACUUUUCACUGCCCAAUUGCGGGAAGUGGUUCACCCACGAAUUGGGGCACGGGUUCGGCAUGCAGCAUGAUGAGAAUUAUUGUAAGUGCAAUGCAUCCACGUGUCUCAUGGGACCCCAUGAUUACAAUCACGGGGGUUUUAGUAAUUGCAGUUUUAAUGAGUAUUUCACCUUCACAAGCCGGUCUGCCUCUUGUCUCAAUGAUGUUCCAGAACACUUAUUCAUAGUAGAGAACUGUGGUAACAAAGUGGUGGAAAAGGGAGAGGAAUGUGACUGUGGAUCAGAGGAGGAGUGUGAGAAAGAUGCCUGUUGCCUGUCAAACUGCACACUGAGCCCUAAUGCAGAGUGUGCUUACGGAUUGUGCUGCAAAGGAUGUCAAAUUGUUCCAGCUACAACAGUCUGUAGACCGAGGCAAAAUGAAUGUGAUCUCGACGAGUUCUGUAAUGGGACCACAGCUCUUUGCCCAGAAAAUAUGUACAAGCAGGAUGGGACCCCGUGUAGUGACAGCGCUGUCUGUUACCGUGGCAUGUGUCGUUCCCACCUUCAGCAGUGCAAAGCUCUUUUCGGUAAAGAAGCCUUGGAUGGUCCGUUAUUGUGUUACACGGAGGUGAAUGAAUAUAUUGACCGAUUUGGGAACUGUGGUUUAGAGGGAAAUGGCUACAGAGAGUGUUUGGUACGUGAUGCAUUGUGUGGAAGAGUGCAGUGUAUCAAUGUGAAGACCGUUCCUUCCAUGCCAGAGCAUACGUCGGUCAUUCAGACCCAUCUGAAAGCCAAUGAUACCACGUGCUGGGGGACGGACUACCAUGCACCAAUGCAAACAUUGAAAAUCGCAGAUGUGGGGAACGUCGAAGACGGCACCACCUGCGGCCCUGGCUUGGUAUGCAUUAACAGGACCUGUGUCAGUCUGUCUUUGCUCAAUUUCGAUUGCUUAAGUGAAAAAUGUAACAAUCGAGGGGCGUGCAACAACAAGAGAAACUGCCAUUGUACUUUUGGCUGGGCCCCUCCGUUCUGUGACACUCCAGGGGAUGGGGGCAGCGUUGACAGCGGCCCUGCAGGCAAUUGGGUGGAUGAGGCGACGACGUUCCAUAUUUGGCCCGUUUUCCCUAUCCGGAUCGUACUUUUUGUUGCUUCCCUGAUCCUGGCUGCAGUGAAAUCUAUGAAAUUUCGAGAGAAAGCACCUUUAGAAGAAACGUAAAAAGCCAAGGAAAGCCUGAAAUCAAAGAUCUACAGGAAAUUUAGAAAAGAGGCAACAUUGUACAGAUGAACAUUUGUUUUCUCUAGUAAGUUUAUGGAGUUGCUGCAGUCAGGCCCUAGUGCUUCUUUGACAAUCAUAUCAAGUUCUUUUUGUAGUCAGAAUUUUAAAAAGCUGUGCCUCAUGGUUUUCCCUCAGAAAGUGAAAGUAAACUUUGUGUGGUGUUGGAAUGAAA